UCAAAGUUCUGACUCCGAAGAAGAUCUUAUUUAUGAGAGCGGCAAGACCAGAGAAAAUCUUUCCGGUCGUGAAAAUGUAAGCAAAGAUUCUCUCGAAGCUCGAAAUGACUUGGUUGUUAAUAAUCGACAUAAUUCUUUAGACUCAAAUCAAUUGUCUCUUGCACCAGCCUAUGCAGAAAUGGAAGACCAAGGUCUCAUUCCCGAGAAUCGCGAGUACGUUGUUUUGCAACAACCUGAAAAUUUGGAAUCAGCAGAAAACUUCGCUAAGCUAAAAGAGUCAGUAUUACAAGGGUCGAGUAAACGCGUAGAAUUUAACCCUAAGGAGAGGAAGACCUUCAUCAAGUAUUGCAUUGUGGGAUGGGGACUUCCCGUGGUUGUAGUUAGUUUAUGCACUGUGCUUGACUUCACAGGAUCAUUUCAUGUCGGAUAUGGUAAAUCGAAAUACUGCUGGAUAUCAGACAACACAGCAGUGAUUGUUGUUAUGGUUACCCCAGUGAGCCUUGCUCUGGUUUUAAAUAUAACUUGUCUGACGAAAAAUCUCUAUGACAUCCAUCAGUUACAAAAGGGUGCCAGUCUAGCAGCAAACAACUCCAAGGCUUCUCUGAUCCUCAUCUGUAUCAAGCUGACCACAGUCAUGGGUCUGACCUGGGUACUGGGACUUGCUGCUAACUGGAAACAAACUGAAUUUCUUCACUACCCAUCCACCCUGAUGAACAGCAUGCAAGGUGCUUUUUCAAGUUUGAUUUUUGAAGUAUCGAGGCACACGUGUGUGCGUACUAGCAUUUGUGUCUGUCCACAAUCCCUAUUCAAAUUUUCCCAAAAAUGAA